AUGCCUAGCGCUCGGAUUAGAGUCCCGAUCCUGCAGCACAGCUUCAUGUACAACAGCAGCCUCGAGCAAUCGUCGGAGGGGAGUUCGUUGAUCUCCGACGUGGACGAUCCUCUGUUCGGGUUCCUCGACGGCGGAAAUUACAGCAAUUACGAGACGUCGUCGUCGUCGGAGAGCUCCGACCGGGGAAUUGACGACGAAGAGGCGAUGGAUCUGGGAGAAGAAGAAGAAGAAGAGGGCGCAAGAAACGAGGAAGAGGUCAGGAGGUUUUGGGAGAAUCAGCACCAAUUGGUCCAGGCAACGUUGUGUAGAACGAGCUCUCUGGAAACCGGGAUAAGGAAUUUGACGAAAGAGGCGGUGAAGGAGAUUGAGAUGGCCGGAACGAUUUGCGCCUGCGGCAGGGUGAUGGUCGGCGGCUGCCGGAGCUGCUUGAUGGCCGAGAUCGCCGGCAGGCUGAGGAACGCCGGGUACAACAGCGGCAUUUGCCGGACCAAAUGGAGAAGCUCCCCGGAUAUUCCAUCUGGAGAGCACACAUUUUUGGACGUGAUCGACAAUUCGAAGAGAGGGGAAGUGAGGGUGGUGAUCGAGCUGAACUUCCGGGCGGAGUUCGAGAUGGCGAAGGCGAGCGACGAGUACAGCCGGCUCGUCCGCCGGCUGCCGGAAGUAUUCGUCGGGAAAAUCGAGAGGCUGACGAGCGUGAUAAAGAUACUGUGUAUGGCGGCGAAGAAGUGCAUGAGCGAGAAGAAGAUGCACAUGGGCCCGUGGCGGAAACACCGUUACAUGCAGGCCAAGUGGCUCGGCACCUGUCGCGAACGGAAGACGCCGUCGCCGUCGUUGUCGGGCAGUGAUUUGGCGACGGCUGCGGCGGCGGGGUACUUGGGGAGGAGGAAGGCGCGGUCGUCGAUGCUGACGGUGGAUUUGUUGGACAUGUUACCCAAUAUGCACUGCACGGCCGUCGGAGUCAUGUGA